GCCGCAGAGCUUAACAACUCCUUCGCUUCUCCCUUUUCACCUAAUUCUCUCCUUCUCUUCUUCUUUGCCCUUUCGCUUCUUAUAAAUAUGCGGUUAUUGUCAUGGCCUUCAGUUACUCAAUUGUUGCUCGCCCCAUUGGUUAUUGCCAGCGCCAGCGAGUAUAAUGACUACAGCGAGAAUCUACUCCUCAAGUCUCUUCCGGGAAACUCCCUACUGGCAUCCUUCCGCUUUGUCAGUAAUGGGACAUUCGACAGUCACCAUUCGGUAUUUCCGCGCUCGCUUGCACAGAUCCUACAACAGAGCCAAACGAAAGAGCUACACUUGAAGUUUACGUUGGGUAGGUGGGACGCUGAGCAAUGGGGCAGACAGGUGUGGGAUGGGCGGACUGCAGGGGGCACGGGUGUGGAGCUAUGGGCGUGGGUAGACGCUGCGGAUGAUGCUGAGGCGGAUGCGAGAUGGACUACGCUCAAUAAUGCGCUUUCGGGACUGUUUUGUGCUUCGCUUAAUUUUAUUGAUUCUACGAGGACUAUUAGACCUGUUAUGUCGUUCCAACCAGCCGGACAUCAUUCCCCAGAGGGAUUGGAGAGACUGCACUUGCUUCAUGGAACCCUUCCACGAGAGCCGGUAUGUACGGAAAAUUUGACGCCCUUCUUGAAACUGUUGCCUUGUAAGGGCAAGGCUGGUAUCUCGAGCUUGUUGGAUGGUCAUAGGCUAUUCGAUGCCCAGUGGCAAAGUAUGAGCAUCGACGUAAAGCCUGUUUGUGAGGAGGAUGGUAAAUGCCAAUUACAGAUGGAGCAAACGAAGCCUUACGCCGGCGGUGAUUCUUGUUUUCCCCUUUCCGGGGUUACUGACCUCCCUUGGUCGCUAUCUGAAAUGUUCGGUCGCCCGAUCCGCGGUUCGUGCCCGUUGGCUGUUGUUCCUACCGAAGAGGCAACUCAUGUUUGCGUCAAUAUCGCUGAACAGCGGUCCAUCUUCGUUUCUCAGGGCUCAGAGGAGAGAAAGAAGUCACCCGAGUUGAGGUGUUUUAUUCUUCAUGAAAAUAUUGAUUUCGACAUAGUCCUUCCGGAGCUUAGCCCCUCUACCAAUCUCCUGCCAACUACUCCUCCCGUUUAUGCCUCCCGCUCCCUAACUGGGCAUGGGCAGGAACGUGGAGGUAUCCAAGCGGUCCUAAACAACCCCUCCUCAAACUCCACCGUUGAGUUCGUAUAUCUUGAGUCACUCCCGUGGUUCAUGAAGCCAUACCUACACACCCUCUCCGCGACUAUUUCCGGAAAAGACGAUAGAAACAUCAUCCAAGACAUCUAUUACCGCCCCGCUCUAGACAGAAAACGCGGGACACAACUAGAAGUCAGACUACGGGUCCCACCAGGAGAAACUGUUCUCUUGAACUACGAAUUUGAUAAGGCUGUCUUGAGAUACACAGAAUACCCCCCAGACGCCAACCGUGGAUUUGAUAUUGCCCCCGCAGUAAUCUCCAUCCUCGACCCGGCUUCCCAAAAGUCUACAUUCUCAAUCAGAACAACUUCCCUGCUCCUCUCCCUCCCAACACCAGACUUUUCCAUGCCCUACAACGUCAUCAUCCUCACAAGCACAGUCAUGGCCCUUGCCUUCGGCUCCAUAUUUAACAUUCUUGUUAGGAGGUUUGUCGGCGCGGAUGAGGUCAUCGGCGGCGGCCUAGUAUCCAAGAUUCGUGGCCACAUAAUGGCGUUUGCAGCGAAGAGAGGGAGAGCAGGUGGUGAUAAACCGAAGACGGAGUAGAUGCACUUGAGACUUUAAUGAUAUCAAUUGUGUAAUUUUUUAAUUUUGUUUUCUUUUAUCAAAUAAUUGGAAUUGAUGGCGUUUUUAAGAGGGGCUGGGUUUGGGUGUGGGUGAUGUAUUGGGAAUUGUAAAAUUGUAUCUGAAUGUUUGAUUGUG